AUGAAAUUCAACCUGUCGGGUAUUAUGUACUGUGACAUAUGUAGAAAAAACAGAAAUUUAGCCGACCAGUCGAGUUCUAUGUUUAUUGGAACAUCAUCAUUCCGUAGGGACACUUUGGUGUCACACUGGAAAAGCAGUUCACACCAGAGAUGCGAGGAGAGGAAAAAACCGCAAGAAUCGUCUAGUUCUAGUUCAUUAGCAGCAUCAGGUCCGAUAGUAGACAUGGCAAGAAAGAUGGGUGAAGAUGUUGAAAAACAGAUUGAAAAGUUGAUUAAUACUGCAUAUUUUGUCUGUAAAGAAGAAAUGCCAUUUCAGAGCUAUCCAUCUCUUAUCAAUCUACAAUUGAAAAACAAGGCAGAUAUGGGCAAUUUCUAUCGCACUGAUAAUGCUUAUAGAAGGUUUGUUAGUCCUAUAUUUGAUGAGCUUUAUGGCGCUUACACAGAAGAACUGAAAACCAAUAAGUUUUUCUCAAUUAUGAUUGAUGGGGCCACCGACUGCUCAGUGACGGAGAAUGAACUGAUUUAUGUCAGAAGUCUGGGUGACAAUGGGACACCAGAAAAUCAUUAUCUGUCAAUGGAAGAUAUCCAACAUGCACAUGCUGAUGGGAUUGUUGAAUGCAUUGAGAAAGCUUUUAGUCGAUGUGGCAUGGAUGAUUGGAGGGACAAACUUAUUGGAUUUGGGUCAGACGGUGCAUCUGUCAACCUUGGUGGACGAGCAGGAGUAGCUGUACUUGAACUUGCAGCUACAAAUGCAAUCAAACAGCAUCGGCUGAUGCGUGAUGUCCAAGAUCUUCUGACCAAUGUGUAUAAGCAGUACCACUAUUCCCCGAAGGCUUUACGAGAACUCAGACAGAUCGCAGAGUCCCUUGAGGAAAAGGUUCUGAAGCCAGGUAAUCUCCAUGGCACUAGAUGGCUACCCCAUGUUCACGGAGCAUUGAAGAUUGUGGUGAGGGAUUAUAUGGUGAUUGUCGCUCAUUUCGAGCACAUUAUAACCACUCGUUCUGCCUCUGCUGAGGUACAAGGACGAGCCGCUAAUGUCUCAAAAAAACUGAAAGACUACUCUUUUCUGUAUAUGGUUUUCUUCAUGCUAGACGUUCUAUCUGUUCUGUCUGAACUGAGUCUUGCAUCUCAAAAAGACAGUGUGACUUUAGGUCAAAUGAUAGAUGCAGUCACAUCAACUCAUCUGUCUCUAGUGGAACUGAAAUCUGAAAAUGGAAACACACUUUCCAAUUUCCUGCAGGAUGUGACUGAUGAGAACUGCUUUAAAACAAUCCAGCUAACCAAUGUUAAGGACAAUGAUGACUUUAAACCUCAGAAAGAAGAUAUCAUAGGGAAGGUAUCACAGGCUCUCGAACAAAGGUUCCGGUCAAUGGAGACUGAUCCUAUAUUGACCGCAGCUGCCACACUCAUGGGAAGAAUAUCCAAGGGACAGGGAUGA